AUGUCCGGCGAAUCCAUAACCUCACAGCGCCACAAUGACUAUGUCGGCGGUGAUGCCAGUCAAGGCCGCAUCCCUGGCGCAAACAAGGCGACCACAGGUCACCAAUACGCGUCGGUCUUCCCCAAAGAAAAUCGCCCGGAAGAGCACCUUCCGCCGCCCACUGGACGGGAUGCGCCUCCGGCCGCGGACGUACCCCCACAGGGCCGCAACAUCCGCCAAAUCAUCCCAGGAGAUCAACAGCAAAAUGUAACAUCCGAUGACAGGUCCCAUCUGGAGCGGCUCACCGCCGCGCGCACGAUCGACGCGCCGUACCCAUUGCCCCCGGCACCCGGCUCGCACACAGUCAUCGACCGUGAUCCCUUCGCAACGCCUACCACAGCAGGCGAUACGCUCACGGGUGCGACGAGUGCCGAUGUCUACAACGGCCUUGGGCAUCCUGGGUCCGGCAUGAGCAGCGCGGAGGCGCACCAUGAUGGUCGCGAACAUAGGAAGCGGCAGGGCCAGGGCGUUUCAACACUCGGCAGUGGCGAGAUCCCGAGAGAGUAG